AUGCUACUGAAUUAUAUGGACACGUGGUUUGCUGCUGGAGCGGCCCAGAAAAUUGAUUCGGAUAAGCUCGAGGUGGUGUAUCAGACCCCAUUGGCAUGGGAGGAGACGACACUCUUGCAACAUACAGCCAAUGCCAUUCAAUUGGCGACGAGACUUGUAGACGCUCCACCUAAUGAACUGCACUCGGAUGCAUUCAUUGCUGAAGCUCGUGCAGUGGCAGAAAGGACCAAGGCUGCGAUCGUGGUUAUUCAGGGUGAAACACUUCAUGAACAGGGAUUCAGUGGCAUAUACGGAGUCGGAAAAGCUGCGACUCAUAAACCAGUGCUGGUGUGUUUGAGUCACGUACCGGAAGGAGCUGAGGUGGGACUGGACUCGAUGCGUGUAGAUGAUGUACUGGCGAUGUACUCGGGCAAAACGGUGGAGGUAAACAACACGGACGCCGAGGGAAGUCUUGUGCUUGCUGAUGGCGUGGCGUAUGCUGUCAAGCACCUAAAUCCAAAGGUGAUCGUGGAUAUGGCCACGUUGAUGGGAGCACGGAGCAUUGCUACAGGUAACCGUAUCGGUGCUGUCUACACAAAUGACGGUAGUCUGGAGGAACUGGCUGUUAAGGCGGGUAAAGUAUCUGGCGACUUGGUGCACUCCAUGCCGUAUGCGCCGGAGUUUCACCGCCUCGGGUUCACGAGCAACAUAGCCAACAUGAAGAACUCGGUGAAAAACCGUGCUAACGCGCAGGUGUCGUGCGUCGGGCAGUUCAUCGCAAACCAUUUGGGAGACUUCGAGCAUACGGGCAAGUGGCUGCACGUCGACAUGGCAUUUCCAGUGUUCACAAGUGAUGACGAGCGAUCAACAGGCUUUGGUGUGGCGUUUAUCCAGUCGCUGCUCAAGGAGAUUGACAAUGCAGGCUGGUAA